CAAAUUUUACUACUGACUAGAUGGUAGAGAAACAGGCAUGGGGUGCGCUCUGGAGAGUUGGUACUACCUAGGGGCGUAGUCGUUUGUUUUUGAAUCCCGCUCUGUGAUUCUUGGUCACAAAGAAAUAAAGCUGUGACUUGAAAUUCGUGAGAAAAUGUUACUACCUUGAAAAUGUUUUACUUUCAUUUGAAGAACGUUUUAAGUGUGUUGUUGCUCGCGGAUUUGGCUAGGUGGAGCGGAGAUGCACAAACCACGGACAACGAAGGUGUUUCAAAAGAGGAACUUGACCCUCUACAACUGGAUUCAUCGACAUUGUGGCCAAGGAGAGAUCCUUUCGAUGAAAUUCAAAGCAAAAUCAACUCUGUGAAUGAAGACAAUUGCGCCAUCAAACAUGUGGGGGAUCUCAAAUUGCCGGCUGAUUCUGUCAGCCAUUUGCCCGAUAUUAAGGAGAUUAAUAUCAAUCCCGUGUUUCCAAAUCGAACGGCAUUACUCCAUUUACACAACAUGGCUCUCAGCAGAAGCUUCUUCUUCUCAUAUAUACUCCAAUCCAGGUUCAACCGUCCGGCAAUUAAUGACACUUACGAUCCUGGCAUGAUGUACUACUUUUUGUCCACCGUGGCCGAUGUUUCAGCCAAUCCAAAAAUCAAUGCUUCCGCGGUAUACUUCAGCCCAAAUAUGUCCUACACACCCUCAUAUCGGGGAUUUUUUAAUCUAACUAUGCCCCUUUUUGCUCCAAGAACAUUCAGAGCCGAUGAUUACAACGAUCCAAUACAUUUGGAAAGGAUCUCAACCCUGAACAUGUUCAUAACCAAGGACCUUGGUGCGAUUUCAAAUGGAAAUGAUGGCCUAAACUACACCAGUAAUUUCUACCGGAUAAAUGAUUGGUAUAAAAAGUGGCUUCCCGACAACGCACAUAUCUUGCAAUUGCACGAUACGAAGACGGUUUAUGAUGUUCGGAUUCGAUACUUCAACAACACCAACGCUACUUUUUCAUUUCACGGUCCAAGAGGGGCCGAUGAAAGUCCUGGACCGGUCAAGUGGACCAGACCUUAUUUUGAUUGCGGUCGCAGUAACGAGUGGAAAUUUGCUGCCGUGGUCCCAAUUGUCGAUAUAUAUCCACGACACACUCGAUUUCGUCAUAUAGAGUAUCCUUCUUACACUGCUGUUUCUGUUAUGGAAUUGAAUUUUGACCGGAUAGAUAUCAAUCAAUGUCCAAAAGGUCGAGGUAAUGAUGGACCAAAUCGAUUUGCAAACACCGCCAAAUGUAAGCAGAGGACAACAGAAUGCGAGCCUUUGCAUGGCUAUGGUUUUCGAAGGGGUGGAUAUCAAUGCCGAUGUCGGCCAUCACACAGACUGCCGAACGUGGUACGAAGGCCUUUUUUGGGCGAGAUUGUAGAACGUGCUACAGAAACACAAUACAAAAACGGAUUUGAUUGUUCCCCAAUUGGGUUCAUUCAGAGGCUACCGCAACAAUGGGAAAAAUCUGUGCCGUGGCUCCGUACACAAUACUUGGAAAAGUAUUUUGAAUAUCAAAACUAUUCUGAGGAAGUUGCUAGCUCGUUGAACGUAUUUCAUCGUCCCUUGGGAAAACCAAAUGUUGACGAAAUCUUAAAGUUCAUCUGGCAAGUCAAUCCGGAAAACUGUAGGGACCGGACUCACGAAGAGCUUCAUCUAAAGGGAGAUAUUUCUUGGGGAGCAGAGAUUCAGUUCAAAAACGAAGCCUUGAUGGCAGUUCGAACUGCCAAUUUCAUCUCUUCUUUCCUACAAGUCGUUGAUCCCAAAGAAGUAUUUCCCGGUACACGUGUCGUCGACGAACCCUUAAACGAAGAUCAAAUGAUAGGCGAAGCCCUAGCUAUGGUAAUGGGAAAUACGCGUGUAUGGUCAGCUGGAAUAUUUUGGGAUCAAAACCAAUUCCCCAACCGAACUUACUUUGCUCCGUACGCCUAUAAAACGCAACUGAACACCAGGAAAUAUUUUGUGGAGGAUCUUGCAAGAUUGAACAAAACUAAUGAAGUCUAUGUCAACCAAGAUUGGUACAAGGUUUUAAAGGCCCGAUGGUCUAACUACUACGACAAUUUGGAAAAGUUUUGGUUGAAGAUGUUCUUCCGUUCUCAAGACCGUGGUGAUGAUAUCUAUCUCAGAAGAUAUGAGCACUUUCCCGAGUAUUAUAGGGCUGCAAAUCUGGAUCAAGGGCAUUGGACAGCUCCUUAUUUCGAUUGUGAUGGACUUGUUCCCAUGUGGAAAAUUACUUAUGCUUCCCCAUUUUUUGGUUGGGACUCUCUUCGAAACCGCAUUGAAUUCAAAGGGUCGGUGGCCGUUUCCAUGGACAUCAGAAUGCUUGAUAUUGAUCAAUGCCCAGACAAGUAUCACGUGCCAAAUCAUUUUAAGGACACUCAUAAAUGCGACGAGAAAUCCUCAUAUUGCGUUCCAAUCUUGGGUCGUGGGUUUGAAACUGGUGGGUACAAAUGCGAGUGUCGCCAAGGAUACGAAUAUCCUUUCGAGGAUCCAAUUACAUAUUAUGAUGGGCAGUUAAUGGAAGCUGAAUUUGUUAAAAUGGUUCAAGACCGGGAAACCAAAUUCGAUAUGUUGAAGUGCCGAUUGGCCUCAGCCCAAAGCAUUGUUUCUCAAGUAACAAUCAUAUUUGUUGCCUUUACGGUUUUACUAUGCUACAGUUAGUGAAAUCAACACAGAAAAGAAAA